AUGUCUGCUGCCGGGACAAAAGAUGCGGUCCAAGAAGAUGCAGAAUCCAAGUCAAUACCUUCUUUGGAUGGUACUAUAGCUUCUGUUGGCGACAAGAUUGGAAGUGGAUCCUAUGGGACUGUUCACAAGCUGAUGGUAGACGACGAUAAUAAUAAUAAUUCCGUUUGCAUUAUUGGCAAACGACCAUGGAAACAAGACGAACUCAAGGCAUCCUCGUCUCAAAGAAAAGAAGAUGGAAAGGAUGUACUUCAAACACCAAAGGAGCGAGCAGAGCGAUGCAUGUACUACUGGGAGGUGGAAGAUCACUGCUUUCGUAAAUUGCCAUUGCAUCCACAGUUGCCACCCCAUUUGGGGAUCGUCCAAGACGACUCGAAGGAGCAUGAUUGGAUGGCCUUUGGACUAGUGACCAAUGCCAGGUACAAAGGAAAAGGAGGAGGCGAAUUGUCAUCGUCAUCGUCCGUACCAGCGCCCACACUUGCCGACUUGAUGAAACUAGACGAUGCUGCGGACGAUAAUACCAAUGGUUCGCCACAAGAACUCUUGCAAAUUGGAAAGCAUCUUGGAUGCAAUUCGUAUGGGGAAACCUUGGAUACUGUCCUAGAAUCGUUAUUGACCGUCUUGCACCAUGUGCAUCGCCAUGAGAUUGUACAUCGCGACAUCAAACCGUCCAAUUUGUUGGUGCAGCUCGACGAUGAAAAUGAUGACACCAAAGGAAGAUUGGUAUUGAUGGAUUUUGGUUCGGCUGCCGAUUUGGAAUAUUCAACGUUCACUGUAAGCAAUGGCUUGUGGAAAUCAAAACAACAAGUCCUCCGAGGUUUGGAAAAUGGAAGUCGGGUAGCCGUCUCUCCCAUUUACUGUGCUCCUGAAGUUUUUGUGAACAUCAAAGAGGCUCCAACUGCCUUUGAUAUCUUUUCGUCGGGUCUAUUAUUUUGUCAAUUGCUCUUUGGAUACUUGGACGAACGGACUGAUGCUGGAUUUCAUCAACAAUUGGAGGAUGCUCAAUGGGAUUUGAAUGUUUGGCUGUCCAACGAAUUGGGAUCUAAACUGCGGCCCCGGGGACUGGAUUAUAGUUUGGAAUACCUUGCUGAACGCCCCGGCUUGUGGUCCCUUUUGGAAGAAAUGUUGCGCCAAGAUCCACUCAAUCGACCAACUGCUAAAACUGCUUUGGCACGAUUUCAGGCUAUUUUGGAAUCGAGCAAGCAGGUUGAUGAUGACGACGAAAACAUUGAAUCCAAACAAGAGUUGGAUGGUCCCUUUUUCAACAUGGUAAUAGAAUGCAUGGAAACUUGUCCGAUACCAACCAUCACUCGGGCACUGCACUACGUGGCAACCUUUUCUCGAAGAGAAUCGCUUGGACUAGUACUUUCGGAAUAUGACGAAGAAGACGAAGAAGACGACGAAUCCAAUUCGGACCCCGAAUGGCUCGAAGCGACCAAGUUUGCGCAAGUCGGAGAAGUAUUCAUCAAAGAGAUUGUUCCUGGAGGACAAGCGGAUCGAAUGGGUGAGAUCUUUGAAGUUGGCGAUCAGCUUCAAGGAGUUGGGGACCUACCAUUGUCCGGUGGGGGAUUCGAAAAGGCUGUGGAAAUGCUUCAAGAUCUGCCAAAGAAUUCGAAGAAUGUCAAGCUACAUUUCGAUCGAAUCUCUGUUCGAUCCAACGAGGCAAUUCCAAUGAUUCCAAACGAAGCAAGGGAGGUUCACCUGACGAGUAUCGGUGCAUGGUCUUCAAAAGGAAGGAGGAACUAUCAAGAAGAUGCUUUCGUUCUGCAUGAAAUUCAUGAUGCAAAAGAUAGUUCCGUAUUGCUAGCUGGUGUUAUGGAUGGACAUGGAGGAGCAGCGGCAUCCUCACUAGUAUCCAGUCAGAUGCCCAGCUUGGUUUCGAAAGAGCUUCUCGUCAACCGAAAGUCUGUGGAGGAGUCUCUGGAAGGAGCGUGGGAAAAAGUGUGCGACAUGUAUGAGAAGCAAUGCACUGAUCCCGAAUCAUGCAGGGCAGAAUACAAUCCAUGGGAAGGUACCCUCAAGGCAAAUACCGGCGGCAAUGAUCUCAUUCCUGGUACUACCAUAUCCAUCAUGGCGCUGGAUGAGACAACCGGGAAGAUUACCUUUUUGAAUUGUGGCGAUUCUCGUAGUCUAGUAAUGACAUCCAAAGGCAAGGUGCGAUUCGAGACAGCAGACCAUACGCCGCAAUCAGAGACAAGUCGUUUCCAAGAGGGCAUUGAUGCAGGCUUGGGCUACUCUCUUCCCAAAUGCAAGAUUUCCAAAUGGACACUUUCUGUUGGUGCCUACGAAUACAGCGUCGCAAGGUCCUUGGAAGGUCCUUUUGCUACAUCCAAGGGGAUCGUGAGCGAUCCAGAUAUUACUGAAACUGCGGUCGAAAGCGGCGAGAUUCUGCUGUCGGCAUCGGAUGGAUUGUGGGAAGUCAUGGGUUCGGGAGAAGUGGCUUUGGAGCUUCACAAGAAGAAGACAAAAGGAAUUUCUGCGGGUGAUGCCGCAAGAGAGCUCUGCUCAAUGGCUCUGAAGAAAGGGUCUUCUGACAAUGUCAGUGCAGUUGUAGUGUACUUGUAA